GGAGCCUGUUGGCUUUCUCUGCACGUGGACUCCAGCUCGAUGCGGCAGCCGCGCACCAGCCUGUGUUUGUUCCGCAGCUGCAUCAGACGAGCCGCUGUUUGUGCGCUUUCCAUCGCUCCGCGGACGGCAGCUCUGCGUCAGUUUCCUGCUGAAGAGAAGCGCUCGUCGUUUGGUCUUGUGGGUAACUUUUCAUCAUGGAGUACAACUACUGUGAAUGCCAGGUCUGCCUCUACAGAUCCAACGGGAUAGCUGAUUUCAAGAGACAUGUGCGCUCCACGGUACAUCGAAAGAAAAUGGAAGAAGUCUUCCAGAAAAAGAAGUUCAGUUUUCGUGGAUUCUUUCCUCCCAUUAUUGUGAUGGAUCCAAAAACCAAGCAAUACCUGAAACGACCCAUCAUAGGCUUGAACCUGCUGACGCUGUGUUUCAGUACAGAGACAAAGAUCUUUUUUUACCUGUGCCACGUCUGUGAGGAAAGGUGUCCACCGGACAGGCUUCUGUGUCACCUCUUUUCAAGUGACCACUGCAGCAACUACUUCAGCUACACAGACCCCAAUGUACUGAGUUUCUCCUGGCUCCCCAACAUGAAUAUGAGAGUCCUUCUGAGGGCUGAGCUCACAAGGGAAUUAAAUGAAGGGGAGCGGCAACAACUACAGAUGUUGGAUUUGCCUGAAACUCUGCUGAAAAAGCUUGAACGCAGUACCUACUCUGAAGUGAUGCGGACCCUCAGUGAAAAUGACAAGCUUCUGAAGCUUCUUGAAGCUGGCAAGCCAAAGAGGACGAUGAUACAAACAUACCAACGAGACAGCAACAGGAAGCAUCCGCUUCUUGGCAUGCAGCACCUUAUUGAAUGCAUUUGUGUUGGACCGACUGAGAGGAGACACUACCUCUGCACGCUCUGCAACCUAACUUUGGCCACCCACAUGAUCAUCAAACAUGUCCUGAGUUUUGACCACAUCUUUCAUUACUUUAGAUCGUGGCACCCCUCUACUUUGAUGUCAAAGGAAUGCUACAGGGAUUACACCAACUCUUUUGCCUCCAUGAUGCUUGAUUUUGCAAAGCAGGCAGUGGAAAUUCAUGGCACUGCAGACGCUGAUAUGAAGCAAGUGAGCCUGGAGCCCGCCAAAUUCACAUCAGUAAAUUUUACUUGUUAUGCAGAAGCUUUGAAGGAACUGGAAUCCAUCCCAAAGGAAGACAUGGAGAGCAGCUUGAUUACAAGCAUCAAAGCCGGGAACAAGCUGGAGCGUCAUACUGUGUCUGCUGGGCCUGCAGAGUUAGUGUACAAACUCCACUGUCAGGACUGCAAUGAGAUCUUUAACACUGAAUCAGAGUAUUCCAAACAUGUGUCCGAGCUUAGACACAAAGAGAUGUUGAGGAAAUUCUUUGGCAAAGCUGAGAGAGCUGAUGGUUAUGACCGAGAAGGACGGAAAGUGAGUCUGGGUUUAUACAGAUACCACAAAGAGAGCCUGAAGCAAAACCAACCAGCUAUUGGUGUAUCGCUGGUUGUGGCUUGUGUCAGCAGUCAGGCUGAGGUGGAACCCAUUUAUGUGUGCUUUGCAUGUCAGGACUGUUUCCCCGAGGUCCGUCUCACGCAACACUUUGACUCUCGAAAACAUCUCAUACGCACGUUGCUUUACCUGAAUCCCUGGCGGCUCCCCUUUGCCUGGGACAAUCAUCUGGACAUGAAAGUCUUGCAGUCUAUGGCAUGGGAAGAGGAGAAGGAAAGAGGACCAAAACAGAUGAAGCUAAAGGUUCUUGACAUCCCAUACUGCAUGUUUUGGAAACUCAUCCCUAGUUACCCAAAAGUGAUGGAGACCCUUAAACUACACCACAUUCUGUUAAAGCGUGAAGUCCCACGGUGUGAAACAAACAGCAAACUCCAACAGAACGAGAGGUUUCCUCUGCUCGGUCAGCAGUUCAUGGUCAUGCACGACGUCUGUUCCAAAUGGCAUCCGUUCACAACAGUGGCAUUUCUGUGUCUGCUCUGUAAGAGGAGUCUGUCAGACAAGGAAUGUUACGCUCACGUGUUCAGUCGGGAACAUGUUUCAGCAUUUCUGAACCAUGUCCACCCAGGCUCACUGAAUUCAAGCACUGAUGCACAGACCUUACUGGAUUUGGCCAAACAGGCAGCGCGUAUUCACUCUGUAUUGCAUGUGCAGGACAUAAAGUUGGACAAGCCCAUCUGGGAGCCAUACUCCUACCAGACAGCAAUAUCCAUCCUGUCAUCUGCAAAGAAGAGAGCUGGAAAAGGAAAGCUUCAACCCGUAAUAAUGCCUAAAAUGAAGCUGGUCCCCAGAGAAUUUUUGAAAGAUGUGGACGAGGGCCAUGUGAGAGACAACAGUGAGGGAAGCAGCCAGGUGAUGGAGGGGUCUGAGAAACAGAGUGGUCAACAAUCUACGGAUAAUAGUGAGACAACCCUGAGGAUGAUUUCAGCUGAAAUCACCAAUCAGCGCUGUGAAAGUAAAGACGAUGCUGAAAAGAUGGCCAGUAAGGAGACUCCUAUGCCAAGUGAAAAUAAAUCAGAGAAGAGAGGAGGAAGUAGCUCGGAGGAGAUAAAGAAUGCAGGCAGUGAGACGAGCCAGGUGAAGAUGGAGAAGAUGAAAGAGCCUGCAGUGAGAAGCACAAGUGGGGAGCCUCCAGAAAGCUACCAGAAGGGAGAGACUGCAGAAGAAAGGAGCAAAACAAGCAGAGACGCCCUGACGCAGGAACAAAGGCAGGUGACCGCCGCAGACGAUGGAGAAAGCGGCGUCCCAAAUCACGAGACUGCGAAGGACAAAGAUUCCUCUGGUGUGAAGCAGCAACAAGCAGUUCAGUUGUGGCAGUAUGUGAAGAGGAAGAGCCGAGAGCCUGUGAUUGGCUUAGGUGCACUUCUUGAAUGCAACUGUGAUGAGCAUGACCCCAUCUAUCUCUGUGAGUGCUGCUCCAUGAAGAUCCCAGAGAUGCAGAUCAUCAGCCACGUUACUGGAGUUUACCACCAGAAGCUGUUUCUGGGGAGGUCACAGAAACUCACACUUCCACCAAAGGAGCACCUGAGGAAGAACAUUCGACAUUUGGCGACUUUGUUUGAACAGGAAAACGGAUAUGGAGAGGCUCAGGUUGUUGAUCUGGAUGAAGAGAUUUACAAUAACAUCUUAAAACAGAACUUUAAAUCAGCCAUAGAGACGGUGAAGGCGCUCCAGGCUGAGGACCGCUGCCGUGAACUCCCUUUGAGCUCAGCUCCGUCUGCCGUUCAGCCUGUGGAGACCCCAGUCGUUCUUCAUGCUCAGCUUGAGGACUCUUCUUUAACAGAUGACCACCAGGUGGUGAAUAUGGAGGUGGAUGAUGAUUCAGAAGACUCUGAGCCAGAGCCAUCCUCAGUAACUGCAGCCGUGUCUGUAAUGACCGAAUCCAACUCCAAAACAACUGACGUCCCCCAAGAAUCAAAUGAAGAUGUCAAAUUGACCCAGAUCAAAGUGUCUGAAUCAGCUGACAACGCUAACGCCCACCUGACUGUUUCCAGAAGCAGCGAAGACGCAUCAAGUCUACACGUGUCCACAAGCAGGACAAACACAACCUGCCUGCAUCCUGAUUCUACGGGAAAAGACUCGAAAGCUGAAAUCAUUCCAAACACAACUGUGGCACCAUUACAAAUUGCAAGCCAUUCCAUAAUAGUGGGGACAUCUCAACAUGCAGCAGCUUCAGAUCCUGCUGUAACCACCCCCACUGUGUCCACGACGGCCAUCUCCAAAUGUCCGGCCAAGUCUUCCGAUUCUAGUUCAGAUGCCAGCAAAUCACCAGCACCCAUCUCCAAUAGAGCCACGACAUCCAGCUGUACCACAUCCACCCCCACCACCUCCAGAUUGAGAGAAAAUACCUGCAAAAAUGUAGUUGCCACCUCCAGUGCCACUGCAGCCACCACCAAACAGACUGCAGCUAGUGCUGAUUCCAGCACAACCUCCAAAACUGAACACGCCUCCAAAAAUACUAAAACUGUGCCCCAAACUACACGUGCAUCUAAAGCUAUGGUGACAGCUGUUCAGUGUGAAAAUACCAAAGCCUCUGCUAAGACUGUACACAGGAAGAAAUCGGUGCAACCAAGUGCUGAUGUUGCAGCCAAUGAUGAGAAAAGCAGUGCACCUGCAGCUUCCCACCUGACCGCGCUCAAGCCUGAAAACAAGAAUCCAUCCCCAGAGUCAUCACAUACUUCCACAAGUAAGACAAAGCCAAGCGAAAGCCCUCCUAAAGUUGGCUUAAACCAGCUCAUUGUGGUGUUUUGUGGGACAAGGAAGCAAGUCUACUGUCAGCUGUGUUCAGUCAGAUUGAAACGGUCCGAUCACCUUUUCAGCUUCAGCCACAAGUACAACUAUGUGAAAAUGCGGUUCCCUGAGUGGUCUGCCAAGCCAUCUGAGCUGGAGAGCAAAUUGGACAAGACGGUGGGCCACCUGGCUGAGGUUGAGAAGGAUGUAGUAUGCCAGUUAACCCAGAAAAAAGUGAACAGUGAUGAGUACAAAAAACUGGCUGCUCUUCCAGACAACAAAGCUUUAGAAAGACUGAAAGCAAUGAUGAAAGAGGAAGACUCGCAGGUUUCAUCUUCAACAUCCGACACUGCAGUUUCGAGACUGCAAGCUGCCUUUGCUAGUCCAUGUGAAGCUUCAAGCCCUGAUGAUGGGGUGUUCACGCCACAGAGUGACCACACACUGGCUGAGCGGGAGAAAGAACAUGAGCUCCAGACACUGUUGGCCCAGAUUCCAGAAACUGAAUCCAUCUCAAAAGAGGAAGGAAAUCCUGCUGCAAAUCAGUUGGACAGAUCCCAGAGCUCAAAGAGCUCAGAGCCAGGAACUCAUGGACUGGAUCCUCUUUCCAGUGCCUCAGAAUAUGCAGGCAGAUAUGCCCAAAUUCCAGAUAAAUGCCAAGAGACUGCUGAGGCGAGACAGCAGCAGGAGAGGAGUGACCCAGAGUUGCAGGACGCCCAGAAGGUGCUGGAAGGCACUCGGUUAAUCUCACCUGUAAAAUUCUUCAACCCAGACCCCCUCCCUUCUGCUGCUUCAUUGAAGACGGAACAACGAAACCAAUCAAGACAUGUACCAAAGCGCUCAGGAUGCAGUGCAGGACCUGGGGACCACAGUGCACUUUCAAGAAUUUUAGUAGGGGAAAGAACUCAUGGUCGCAGUCAUUUGUACAGUUAUUUGACUGUGACGGGACUGGGCAAUGAACCAGUCAUAGGUCUGGGCUCUGUGUGGGAGUGUAGAGCGCCGAAACAGAUGACAUUCUUCUUGUGCGAGAGCUGCAGGGAGACGCUCCACCUCAACGACAUCUGUCAACACAUGUACAGCAUUGCGCACCAGCUCACCUACGUGCGGAUACAGCGCCCUGAGUGGUACAAAUCGUUCUGGCUAGUGGACGACCUGCUCCCAAAUAUGAAACUGGAACUCUUAAAGGACGUCGCCAGGAUGCUCUCAGAGCAGGAGCGUUACGAAAAGAUAGAUGCGCAGAUUAUACAUCUGAGAGAGGACUUGCACAAAUGUAUUCAAACAGCUCCAUUCAGUGAAGCUUUAAGAAUUGUGCAAAAUAUCAAGAAGGAACCGAAACUGAGCUGUCUACCCAUCAGCGCUCAACCAAAGGAGCAGCAGCCUGAGGACCGGCAGAGUCGAGAGGAAUCUCUUCCCACAGACGAGCAGUCAACUCGGGCACCUGAGACAGACCAGAGGGGUGACAAUGAAGUAAGACAAGAAACAGAAAAACGUCAUUUGGAAGAGACUGCGAUGGUUGGAGAUUUGCUUGGGGUCAAACAAAGAAGAGUCUCGAGUCCUCUGGAUGUGUACGGUGUCUCCUCAAAGGCUGACUGUGUUGUCUUUCCAUUUCCUGCUGCUGGUACAUGUCAUAAUCCACAAGAGACCUACAGGAGCCUUUCUAUGCAUCCAGAACUCAGACCGCCAGUCACUCAAAGGCCUGACCUCGAGCUGCAAGUGAAACAGAAUGAGGUACACUCAGAAUCCACAUCUUCCUCAGUUGUUAGUCCUAAAAAAUGCCUUCCAACCAGGAAAAGGCCAGCUGUCACAUCUUUCGAAGUGGUCCGACCUGCCACCAGUAACUGCCAACUCGAGGAUCCUUUGCCAGCCAAGCGCACAUGUGGCUCACUGCAACCCAUCAGUCAGCACAGCACUGAACCAGCCUCUGAGUCCACUCCUGUUAACCAUGCUGCAGCCUCCUACCUCCUGCCUCCUCAGGACAGAGACGCAGGACCCGGAUCUGUCAGACAAAGCGAAUUCAUUGUAGACCACGCACGGAUUGAAGACUUAAUAUCUCUGGUGGAAGAGAAGAGGGCUGAGGGGAAAACACCGGCGUACAAGUCGGCUCCAGAUAAUGCUGACACCACGCGCGCUGACGAUUCAUCUGAAUAUAGUGUGGAAGGAAGAUGUUACCCAGUGUUUGCAGAGACCGGAUCUAAGAUGGCGACAAAACAAACAAGACAGGAUUCAAAAAAAACAUUUUCAGCAGCAGCUCCUGUGGUCUCAGGCUAUGAGAAUCAACUGGCCGCCGCUAAUGCCAGCUCUGCCAGCCACUCCUCUCUCGAGGCCUAUUUAGUGAGGGGUAACCUUUUGCUCACAGCGACUGAAGCCAAGGCAGUCGGUACCGUGUUGCCGUCUGCGAGCACUGCUGACCCCAGUGACCCACAACAACAGAGAAGUAUCAAUGCCCAGAACAUGUCUGGAACUGUGAGCCAGUUCGAGCCAAGUCCCUUCCAGUGUGCAGCCAUCAACUAUAACCCAGGUCAGAUGCCACAGCCACGAGCUCGCACGAAGGCUGACAGCACGGGGCGUUUUCACUUUCCCAUUAGCACCAUCGUAACUGCCAGGCCAGCCUCUGCUAACCAGCAGUGUUUGGGUGGCUAUAAUCGACAGGGCCACACUGAAAUGAAGAGGGGAAAUCAGGUGGCUCACAGUUUCUCCACAGUUGCAACAGUGAGUCCCAGUGACACUCUGGCAGCUUCUGGGGGGGGUAGUCAGUGCAGCCAAAUGGCUUACGCCUCAAAUUUACAGGUAUCAGAUUAUGGUCCUGCCAAGGCUGUUGCAGGUUGCACAACAUCAGACAGCCCUCUUGUAUUCACUGAAAGUUUACAUCAACACGACAUGUACACAAGGCUGUUCUACCCAAGCCAGAUUUACCCAGCGCAGGAAGCGAUGCACUUUGAGCACAGCUUAGCAACUCCGACACCCCCAGCAUGGGCGAGCCUGGAAAUGCAGCUGCAGUUAAUGCAGCAGCAGCAGCACUCCAUAUGUUCAAGUGCUGCCCUGGCUGCUGGAGGUGGCAACAGGACCAGUGCCUACGUCGGCCCAUUCACCACUUCAGCCAACAGGUCGCAAAUGUUCAUUGACCUGAACGACUACAGCGCCAAGACAAUCGCUCAGACGCAGAACCGCAACGGCAGAAACACACAGAACAACCCUGGAGUUUACCUCAGCCCCGCAGUCGUUCACUGUCCUCCUGCAGCCAACAGUGAAAUGACAUCCCAGACACCUGUGAACUCUUUUGCUGUAGCUCCCUCCAUGGUCAGUGCCACUCUUCCAGUUUCCCACAAUGCAACAUGAUUUACCAUGUCAAUACCAAGACCAGCUUACCUGGUAUGGUAACUAAUUUCUGCAGUACAUCCAAGAGAUAUUGCUCUGUCUUUGUUUCUAGUAGCUGUAUUUGAGUUUCGACAUGUGGCUAACAUAUUGUGCCUUUAUCAGUAACAUGCUGGACAGGCUGUUAAGCAGCAUGCCAAAUGCGAUGGAAGUGAUUUAAUGUGGGAGUAUAUGGGAACUCCUGCUUCUGAGCAGCAUAUCUGGAUGGUGGAAGAGAAUACACAUUAACAUUAUGCCUUACCUCACUGGGGUGUAACAACUGGAUCUGCCACAAACCAGCAUUUUGGUGACAGAGCUUUUUUCUCUUUGUAUAUUUGCCAUUUCCCCCACUUCAUUUCAAUGUGUGUUACAUUUUUACAGCUUGCAAACAAUGAAUGUUCAGAUCAGAUCUUUCAGACUGGAUUAUGUUAGCGUUUUUUGGUGUUCUGUUCUUAUCCAUUCUUUCCAAGGUUGAGAGAAGCAUCGUUAGCUUUUUGGGAAAAUUGAUCUGGAAUUUGCCAUCUUAUUUUGUUAUGUGCGCUUGUUCACAUUCACAUGGUACUGUACAUGUUUUGCUUUGUUGCCACAGUUAGCAUUGUGUAUUAAAUCUGUUUCAAUUUUAAAAGAAAAAAGAAGCUGACCCGUUUUGUUUGUUGGAGUAGCAACAACUUAAGAACAAUAUGUUUAGAACCAUUUGUUGCUUUAAAUAUGAAGGAUGAGUUUUGAGCCUUUGGAAAAACAAAAUAUUCAGCUAAUGUAGCUGGUUUCAGUUUUUAACAUUUCUAAUGUUACAUUUUCUUCAGUCAUCUGUGAUAUUUGUUUUUGUUUUCAUGUUUUGUUAAUUUUAAUAAAA